GAGAGACAAACGUGAGAGAAGUGUGGUAAUGAUCACCUCACGAGUGGUUGAUAUUCCCCUGUUAAGACGUUGAAGGCAACAAUUAUGGCUGAUUCCUACAACUUCGUUAAGGGGGGAAAACUCAAACUGAAGGGCAGCAAAGGCAAAAGCAAGCACAAGAAGCACAGGAAGAGGAAACUGUCUAAUGAAGGAAAUGACAGUGUUUCAAAACCAACAAAUGCUGAUGUCUCUGAGCAUGGGGGUUGGUGGGUGGUGAUGAAGUUUGAGGAUAUUGUGGGAAAUGUGGCACUAGAGCUGAUGGAAGGAUGCUAUAUGAGUGCCCUGGACAAUGGCCUGUUUGCUGUGGGCUCCCCACAUGGAACAGGGGAGGGGCCUGACCCUCAGGAGGUGUUUACGGUCAUGAAGGUCAGUGACACCCACAUCGCCCUCAAAUCCGGCUACGGUAAAUACCUGGGUGUGACUAUGGAGGGGGAGGUUGUUGGAAGAGCUGAUGCUGUGGGUGCCAGAGAGAAAUGGGAGCCGGUGUUCCAAGAUGGCAAGACAGCACUGAAUGGCAGUAACAGCUGUUUUAUGGGCGUGGAUACAGAAGGUGACAUCAUUUGCAGGAGUAAAACAGCCUCCGCAUCAGAAAUGCUUCAGAUUCGAUGUUGUGCUGCUAUUGGGACUGAAUCGGAAGAAGAUCAGAAGCCAAAAGAAGAAAGAGGCAAGAUGAAAGAUGUAGAAAUUAAUUAUGUGAAAAAGUUUCAGAGUUUUCAGGACAGGCGGUUAAGAGUAAAUGCAGGAGAUGUAUCAGAGUUAAAGAAGGCAAAGAAAGAUGGGAGUUUACAUGAGGCUCUGUUAGACAGGCGAGAGAAAAUGAAGGCUGAUAGAUACUGUAAGUGAUUGGCAGUCCAAACCUGAGGUCAGCUUCAUUGUGAUGGACCAGAAUAUGGAGACUGGAGAGCACAUUAUUGCGAUAAUUCCUUCACUGAUUGAUUGUAGAAUUGGACAUAUGAUGUACCUCAAAAAGUGUGGAUAAACAUACCCAGACAACCAUUUCCAUGCUUCCAUGAAUAACCACGUUCAAGUAUGUGAGGAAAAUUGUGAAAUGUUUGUCAAACUAUAGAAUUGUCAGGCAUUCAUCAAACUAGGAAAUAUUCCUGUUAAAAUGUGCAGAGUAAUGUCCCUUUUCAGUGACAAAUAAAGCCCCAUGUCUAUACAAUAUAUACAGUUUACUCAGUACUGGCAUGGGUGACUGAUAUCCAUUAGUGCCACUGAAAAGCUUUUAAACUUAGUAAGCUGUCCAGGUGUUUAAAAGUUCUGAACAAUAUCCAUGUAUUCAGAAGUUCCGAACAUUGUUCAGGUAUUCAGACGUUCUGUACAAUGUUCAGUUAUCCAGAAGUUCUGUACAGUGUUCAGUUAUCCAGAAGUUCUGUACAGUGUUCAGUUAUCCAGUUCGGAAUUAUAUACAUAUUCUGUACAUAUGGAUACAUAGGUAUUCAGCUGUUUAAUGUGCAAACCCUUUUUACCUGACACCAUCAUGAUCAUCUUUCUAGUUCAUUGUAUGUGGAAAAUUGCACGAUAAAUUUUUGAGGGAUUAGGGGGGAAAUGUCAUAGGGAAACCUCAUUUUAAUUAAUUAGUACUUAAAAAUUAUUUUAAGUAAUGCUCACAUUUUAAAAAUAUACAGCUUAGCCUGAAAAUAGUUAUACAUUAAAUAAAUAUCACUGUUUGCACAUGUUGUCUUCUUGUUAUCAUUGUUGUUUGGACAAUGAAGGGCAUUUAUAUACAUGGUGUACUUGAGUUUUCUACUGAAUCUGAUUUGUAAUGGGUGUGAAUCAAAAUAGAGAAAUAAUUUUACCACCAAGCUCAGGGGCAACAUCUUUUUGGAAUAUCUUUCACUGGCCUGUCUAAAGAGAAACCUGUGCGUCUUGGUACUGUUGUUGACCCAGUGUCAUUUCUGACUAGGAGUAUCCAUAUUGUGUUGUGUAUAGUGUGGUUGGCAGCACAAUUCCAUAUUUUCUUAACGCAUAGGUUGCCUCCCUUUUCAAGGAUCUAUCUCACUUGACAGGUGUCUGUCCUUUAUUUUAGUAUUAAAGCAUAUGGGGUAUGAAAAUACU